AUGUCGGCCUCUUCCAAGUUUGAUAUCUUGGCCGUUCUCCUGACGAUGGCCGCCUUCUCCUCGACAGCACUCGCCAGCAAUAGCAACGUAGGCAACCAGUGUGCCUGGAAUCCCUCCGGGCCGCUCGGCCUCCUCGGACAAUGCCGCGCGGCAUACAAUCCAACAACGGCAUCCAGGGCCUCCAACUGGGGUCCUUGGACGCAGCGUCCCGUGUGCGUCGGCCCAAAAGCGAACAGGGGCCCGGCCUACUGCGCCUUUGUCAAGGAGGACUUCCGCGGCGAGGCGGGCCUCCUCGUGCUCACCAGCCCGGAGAUCGCGGCCGGCGACGACAGCUUCGUCGAGGACUUUGAUCCGCGGUGGACCGGAGACACCGGACGACGACCCCGGCCCGCCGCGUCCGACGCGCCGCCGUUCGAGGUCAGGGAGAUCCCGGGCAAGGGCCUGGGCGCCGUGGCCACCGCGGCGAUCCGCGCGGGCGACGUCGUGCUGAGGGAGCACCCGGCGCUCCUGCAGCUGGCCGAGCCGGCCGAGGCGCUCGACCGGACGCAGGCGAUCUGGGUGCUGGAGGAGGGCUUCGUGCGGCUGCCGAGGCGCGACCAGCAGCGGAUCUUCGACCUCUCGCGGAGCACGGGCGGACACGUGCUCGAGGACAUUGUGCGGACCAACACCUUCGGCGCGACGUUCAACGACGUCGCGCACUUUGGGCUGUUCCCGAGAGUCGCGGUAGGUGGGAAAGGAGGGGCGGCGCCUGUUGCGGCGUUGAGUAUCCCGGCAGAGUCUGUUGUUGCCCCUCAAGACAGAGACUGGAGCGCCAUCACUCGAUACUCUCCCCGGACGCUGGAGUUGGAAGUCGUGGCCUACAAAAACAUCCAACCGGGCGAGGAAGUGAGCAUCAGCUACUCGAUGCUGAACAUGCUCUCCGACGACCGCAAACGGACGCUCCAGGAAUGGGGCUUCAACUGCACCUGCGCCCUCUGCGGCUCCCCCGCCGCCGACAUCGCCGCCUCGGACGCCCGGCGCGCGCGGCUGCAGCAGAUCCUCGCGCGACUCACGGACGAGACGGCGACGGGGCCGUCGUCGGCCGCGGCCAUCGGGGAGCUGACGGCGGAGAUGGACGGCGUGGUGGAGCGGGAGGGCCUCGCGGCGCAGGCGGGCGAGUUCUACGGCAUGGUGGCGCGGGCGUACGCGCGGGCGGGCGAGGCCGGGGCGGGCGCGAGGUACGCGCGGAUGGCGGUGGAGGGCAUGGAGCGGUUUGCGGGGUACGACGACGAGAGGACGGCGGCGGCGAGGGGGCUUUUGGGGGAGUUGGGGAAAGUUGGGGGCGCGUGA